GACUUGCCGUUCUGGGCGAUAAUGUCAAGAACUCCACUGCCCGGGGGCUCGGCUCGCAGAUAAUAAAUACCUGCUACAAACAUGAGAUUCUCUUUAUUUUUUUGCCGGGGCCAGCGGGUUAUGGGGGAGCCAAGCGGAUAACCUCCCUGCCUGAGAGCAGCGGCAGCGGCGACGCAGCCGGGCGUCUGGCGGCGUGAAGUUUACCUAGAAUAUUCCACGAGGAGCGAUCCAUCGUAGAAGACCCAGAUCGCCAAGCGUCACGGACAGAGCUGCAGCCAACCGGCCGCCGCUGCUCCAGCAACAAGACCCCGGGCAGACGCCAUGAAAUUUUCACACUGUGCCGCCCAGGAGAGACGGGACGGCGAGCCCCCGGGCAAGUCACGCACCGCCUUCCACGGCAAAGAACGCAAGCCCAAGAAGCCCCACUACAUCCCGCGGCCGUGCGGAAAGCCCUUCAACUACAAGUGCUUCCAGUGCCCAUUCACGUGCCUGGAGAAAUCCCACUUGUACAACCACAUGAAGUACAGCCUAUGCAAGUACUCCAUCUCUCUGGCCGAGGGCGAGUGGCCCGGCAAGAGGGCAAAGGUCGCCAGCGUCACCGUCGUCGGUCAGAGGAGACCCGGCGCGGUCGAGGAGUGCGACAGGGCGGGAUCGGGCCCUGCCGGCUUACACCCGAGUGUCGAAAGCUGCUCGGAGAUCAAGUGCUCCCUGUGGGAGAAAAACUCCGUUGGCUCGUCAGACCAGAAUGGGCCAGAUUCAGAUGUGGGGGGAAACCUGAGAUGGCUUAGGGAGCCGAAUUGUUCCUUUUCCUCAGAGCAGGGAUGCAAAGGCUUCCAAAAGUCACUCGACAUCAAGUGGAGCCAACAGCAUAAAACCCAGUUAUUGGUGGACCCUGACAGAGACGCAGGACACAUUUUAUCGUCAAAGCUUUCGGAGUCGACUUCCACCAAGCCCAGCUCGUUCACAGUGGACCACUUACAGAGCAGCUUCAGCGCAGUAAGAGCUGCGGACGCCGACUUCUCUUCUCCGGCGUGGAUGGUGACCGCGCAGCAAGCCAAGCCCCUGCUGCAUGCCCCGGCCACCAUCGCCCACAGGCACUCGUUCCUGUGCUACCCGCCGGCGCUGCUCGCCAACCUGGGAGGCGGGUUCUUGCAUGACUCCAUGAGCCCUCAGUACGUGUUCAACCCAGGCCCGUACCAGUGCCUGAGCACACUCAUCGCGGGCCCUCCAGUGACGGGCAACCUCAACUACGUGACGCUGAUGCCUCAUGCGGCCGGGACGAUGGAGCCACAGCUGCCCCAGGUCUCGUCCAUCGGACGCUUCCAGACGGUGCUGCCAGGCCACCUUGACACGUCGGCGCCAGCGCACCCCGGAUCGGAGGGGACGGUUCCGGGGAAACCGGACGGGCUCGCGAAGGAGCCGCCGGCCGCGGCUCGGACACCGGAGCGGGAGCCGCGCGGGAACAAAAACCCGCGAACGGCCACGUCUCCCGACGACGCGGGCGGAGAUGAGAGGGCAAAUUUCGGUUCGCAGCUGCGAGCCUCCGAGCGGACCGGGAACGGAAUCGAUGGUCACAACUCGCCGGUGGCGAAGGCGCGGUCCGGAGGCACGGCGAGCAAGCGGGCAGGACGGCUGUGUGGGAAUGCUUCAUCCCCCGGGCGGACGGUGAGGGGAGAGGGGCCGGUGCCGGCCAACGUGGUGCUGGAUUCUUCGAUGGGCCAGGAUCAUCGGAAAUAUUCAGGGCUCGUGAAUUUUGGGCCCUCGGCGUCGAAGCUGCUGCCAGUGGGUAACGUUUGCAGGACGAGCCUUCAGCAGGAGUCACCACGAAGCGAGCCAGACACAUGCCCUAGCCCAACGGUGACCUCCGCCGACCCCCUCAGCACUCCUCCUCCUGCAGCCGCAGCAGCAGAAGCAGCGGCAGCAGCGGCAGCAGCAGCAGCAGGACGCCUGUACGUGCCUAGACAGGACGACAGCCGCCCCCUUGACUACAGCGCCAGCCGGGGCCUUCUCCCGUUACUCAGUCUCUCCGGCUGCAGGAGGACGACGACGACGACGAGGACGGCGCCCUCGAGGAGGGCGGUGCUCGCCCAGCACGGGACGGCGGGCGGCGUCGCGGCCGCCCUAGCGGACUGCGGCGGCCCUCCCCAGGGUCACGCCGCCACGUGCCACCUGUGGGAGAAGCUGGAGAGGAUAGGGAAGGAGCUGCACAGCCUGCAGGAGGAGCUGCACCACUCGGCGAAGCGGCGGAGAGGGAGAAGUCCCGUGGACCUCUCGUCCCGGAGCGAUGGGGGGUCUUCACGCGCCACCUCCACCGACUGACGAUGGUUCCAGACGGGGGAGACACGACAGCAACUAACGUCCGAGUACAGCAGCCAUCAUCAUCGUCGGCCAUGAUCAAUCCGCUGCUGGAUGAAAGCCUCCCCAAAAUCGCCGCUACGUCUCACGAUCCUGCAGUGUAACGAUUUCCCAUGCACUGACUGCGUUGCUCAAUCUACUUGAGAGGCAUUUUCAUUAGACACGUCCCUAUUUUUUGGCUCCGAUUCCAUUACAAAAACUGACCAUCGGCCAUCAUCCCUUACAGCGACGUGUGCGGCCCUAACCCACUUGCUGUUUGCAACAGCUUGGAAUUACUUCAUUAGUCAGCGUAUGUUCUCUAAUCCAAGCAUCUUUCUCUCUCUCUCUCUUUCUCGAUGUAAUUCCAAGCACGUAUCCUCCCAAUGCUUCUUUGUGCACUCUUCGGUUUUUUGUAAAAAAUAUUUAUCGUACGUGAUAGCGAUUUGUACGAGUUGAUUAAACCCUUUCUUCUUUAGCUACAUCGGUUUUGUUUACUUUUCAUUCCCAAGUUCAGCUUUUCAAACGAACUCCAACCUGCUCUCGUUAGCCUCGUUUAUGUCAUCAUUUUUAUUCAGGAGUCUGUCUUUUAAUAUCUCUCUCCUGGGUACACACGCGAAUUUGUGGUCUCGUUGUUGCCUCCGAGGAGGGGAUAUUUGGGUUGGACAUCUGUGUACAAAAAAAAGCUUCAUAGCUCUUCGGAUUUUUCCCAGGAUAAAUAAAUAUUCAGAUUCUGUGGAGGAGAUGGGGAAUCCUCCAGGCUUUUGGCCCUGUGGACACCUUCGUGGCCACUCCCUGGAUUCUCUCCCCCCCCUCUCUCUCUCUCUCUGCCUGCGAUGUCAGGAUGUCUCGCGGUCACCGUCGCCGUGCCCCCAGUCCAUGCGGUGUUCACCCGCUACCCCCGAGAUCCGGGUUCGCGUCAUGUCCCC